AAAAGUUUGUCAAAGGUACCCCCUUAUUAAUAAGUAGCUCUAUAUCAAAUGUGGUCAUUUUUGUGACUACAUCUGCAAUGAUAGCAAUACUAGUUACAUUAUUGUUGGCAGACUGCUCGACUAUCCAUGUCAGGGAUAUAGCUUCUGCUAUCUGGAAGACUCCAUAAUAUAGCUAAUUGACCAUAGAUAUGAAUCCAAUUUAAGUCGAUGGGUCUAUACAUUUUAGCAAAUUGAAUGCAUAUGUUGUCGGAUAUGUAAGCAUCUAAUUGUGUAUCGGGAAUUAGGGCAGCAAAUUGAUAUUUGCGGCAUUGUACCCAUGCCGGUGUUAUGUUGGUCUCCUUUGCCAAAAUGGUAAUAUAAGUAAACACCGCUGUUGCGAUGAUACCUUUAUAUUUCUCUAAAUUUUGGUAGGUCUUUGCCUCUAGAUAACCUAGUACCCUACUUGUAUGUGUGGCUCUCCAUACCGGUCCAAUAUUGUCCACAAUUUGUUACGUCUUGUUACAGAUCAACCUGCCGGAGCAGCUCGACAGGAGGACCAGUGUAUCAAGACGCGCGUGUCAAAAGACUACUUCAGAAUGUUCUGGAUGUAUGCCCAAAAUAAUGGAGACGCAAGACUUGCCAUUGAAGACUUCAAGCGGAGAUAUCCGGGCCAACGAAUUCCAAGUCACAAUACCUUGCGCAGGGUGGUCUAUAGAUUUUAUACGACUGGGUCUGUGAUGGCGCAAGGCAGCGAAAUGGGUCGCCCAAGAUCAGCUAGAAGAGUCUCUACCAACGCUCACGUCCUGGAGGCCGUACAGGAAGAUGCUACCGUCAAUGUGCGCGAUCUGAGCCGCCACUUAAAUAUCAGUCGAACGACGGUGAACCGAAUUCUGAAGGAGCACAUGUUACAUCCGUGCAAGUAAUUAAAAGUAUUUAGUAUACGAAAAUUCCCUUGUCAAUAAUAAUUUAUAAAAACCAUCCACACUAUUCAUGUAUACAAGGUUUUUCGAACAUUUUUCCUCUAAUUUAAUAUACACCUCCGCUCAGAAG